AUGACUGGUUAUGUUGAUGAUAAUUCCUACUCAUCUCCUACGUUUGGACAGUAUUUAUCACUCCGAGUAGAUGGGGGAUUCAAUGCAAUUUCUAUAAACCCAUCAGGCAGAGAUAUUGUUUUGGCAGGAAGACAGGGUUUAUAUAUCGUGGAUCUUGAUGACCCUUUCUCCCAGCCUCGUUACUUACAGCAUAGAACACCGUGGCAAGUGGCUGAUGUUCAAUGGUCUCCGCAUCCAGCUAAACCAAAUUGGGUAGUAUCCACGUCAAAUCAAAAAGCAAUAAUUUGGAAUCUAGAAAGAAAUUCUUCUAACGCAAUCGAAUAUUCAUUACACGGACAUUUUAGAGCCAUAACAGAUAUCAAUUUCAAUAGAGAGCAUCCUGAUAUAUUAGCUACCUGUUCUCUUGAUACAUAUGUUCAUGCUUGGGAUCUACGUAGUCCUAGUAGACCAUUUUAUACUACCAGUGAUUGGAUAUCAGCUGCAUCUCAAGUUAAGUGGAAUUUCAAAGACUCAAAUAUAUUAGCAUCUUCCCAUGGAAAUAACGUGUGUAUAUGGGAUUUGAGAAAUGGAUCAGUUCCUCUAAAGACUUUAAAAGGCCAUACGGGAGGAGUGAAUAGUGUUGAUUUUAAUCGAAAUAAAAAGACAGAGUUGAUGACUUGCUCAAAUGACGGUUAUGUCAAGUUUUGGGAUUAUUCGAAACAAAAUGAUCCUUGCAUUAAAAGUGUCGCUGCAAAUUUUCCUAUAUGGAGAGGUAGGUACUUACCAUUUGGUGAUGGUUAUUGUAUCAUGCCAAUGGUUGGUGGUGACAAUUCAGUUUAUUUGAUGAAGCUAUCUUCAGAAACAGAUGAUAGCGACAAUUCGGAUCAAAUUGAACCUGUAUCUAUUCUUAAGGGUCACAAUGAUACUGUUCUUGAUUUUAUUUGGAGAUCAAGAUAUCACUCGGACUCAGUCACUGAUGAUAGAGAAUUCCAAAUGGUUACCUGGUCAAAAGAUAACGAUCUCCGAUUGUGGCCAAUGUCAAAUUACAUAUAUGAUAAGGUUAACUUUGUGAGAGGAAAAAGAUUGGAAGAAAAGCUCCCUAAUUAUGAGUAUGUUUCAUAUAAUAAAGAACCUGAUAGUAUACAGGAGGUUUAUAUAAAAAACAAGAGAUUAUUAAAAGAGCAUUUCACCUCAAGAAUAAAGGAAAACAAUGAUCAAAAACAUAUUAAUUGGAUUGCAGGUGUACGUAUGAAUGAUUUAGGAAUAUCAGAUUCUCUUUAUAAAGAUCGCAAGUUUCAAAAUUUUGGUGAGGAGGUGAGUGCCAUUGGUCAUAAGUUUCCAAAACUUGGUUUUGAAAAGAUCUCCGUCUCUACCGGUGAUUUGGUCAUUACAUUAAGGGGUCCUUGGGUAGAAGAGGAUCCCAAUGAGUAUAUUUUUAUAAGACUAAUAAUAACCAUUCCACCUGAAUAUCCAUCACCUUCAAAGUAUCCAAAAUUUACUAUCGAAGAAAAUAGUAAACUGACAAAAACUAAAAUGUAUGAAUUAAACUCUAUGCUAAAAGAAAUAUGCAAAAAGUACACUAACUUGAAUUUUUAUUGUCUAGAACCGUGUAUCAGAUUUGUUUUAGGAGAAACAAUUAAUUUGGAUAGCAUUGAAGAACUUGAAGCACCACUUCUUAACUAUGCUAUUUCUGACCAUAUAGGUCAGGACGAUAUUUCUUCUUUAACCUCAGAUAGUGGUUUUUCGGAUUAUUUUGACGAAUCUGAAGAAUCAGAUCAAGAGUUAGGGGAUAAAGAGAAUCUUACAAAUAGGAUUGACAAAUUGAAUUCUUUUCAAAACCUAAAUACACUUGAUAGCACGCCCAUUCCUAAUCAAUGUGGCAUGACAUGGUCGCCGGAUGGACAAUUGAUAUGUUUUUUCUCUGAUCAUGUAUAUUCAGGAAAUAACAAGCUGGUCACAAAUAAAUAUAAGACAUUGGCAUUAGCUGAAGAUAAUAAUAUAGUAAAUGAUGACUUAAAUCUAGAAAAUGAUGCGCAAAGACCGGAAGCUCCAAAGAGGUAUGUUGAUACUAUAGUCACAAAUACGAGCACUACUAAUGAUAAAAUCGUAACUGAUGAUGAGUCAGAUUCUGCUGAUAGUAUUAAUAGUAUUUCUCAUGAUUGGGAUAACAUUUUAAGAAAUGAUUCAAUAUUAAGAACCCACAUUCCUAAUUUUGAGAGUGGUUUCUAUAAAGUAUUUGGGUCUCCUUCGGCUUCAGAAGCAGAUCCAGGGGCUACAUCAAAAACUCAAAAUACUAUCAUUUUUCAAGAUUACAGUCAUUUAAUUCCAGACAAGCGUCAAUUGGCAUUAGAAUAUAGAUUUAUAGACGGAACUGGUGAAGAAAUGACAAUGCACAAUGCUUCGGUUGCAGGCAAGUAUGGAUACGAUGCUAUUAGUCAUUGUUGGCAAAUUUUAUCGGAUUAUAUAAUAUCACAAAAACUGAAUGAUCCAUAUAGUGUGUCCUGGGAUAGUAAUCCAUUAGGUUUGAAAUGGUUUAUAAAAGAGUUAUUGACUUAUUUUGAAAAAGAAAAAAACUUACAGAUGUUAGCUUUAAUUUCUUGCAUCGUAGCAUCCCAAAACAACUCAUCUAAAGUUCUCAAAAGUGAUAAAUCUAGCGGAGAGCCGUUACCAGCAAAUGUGGAAAGUAUUAUUUCAUUCAACAACAAUUCUUAUGAGAACUUAUCAAAGUUAGAUAGAUACUCUCAAUAUUCAGAUGCACGCGGAGACAAUCCUUCAGAAUUUCAUUUCCGAACUAAAAGGUACGAUAACAUUGAUAACAUGUCGAUUCAAAGUGAUGAUUAUUUUAAUUUUAGAACCCACUCUGAAAAACUUAAGAGGAAAGGAAUGUGGGGAAAUGACUCCAGCGCAGCUACUUUAGCGCAAUCCAUAACUCCCACGCUAACCACAUCUCAGAAGAUUCCAGAAAUUAAAGUAGAAUUACUAAAUGAUGACAUCUUAGAUGCGAUAGACAAUAGGCAGGCCCCGUUGUUUGAUGAUGCAGAUGUUAUUAAAAUGAAAUCUUAUAUUUUCCAAUAUUCCAAAUUACUUUUCCAUUGGGGUUUGACAAUAGAACAUGCAAGAAUACUUAAAGUGAAUAUUGAUAAUAAAGCAAUUCCUAGUACUAAAGAAUUGCAAUAUGAUGGUUUUGAUACGUGUUGGAUAAAUGAUACUGAAACGAAGAAAAAUUGCUUACACAAUUGUAAUUUCUGUGAUUUAAAAGUGACAAGAAAUAUUUUCAUAUGUGGAUCCUGUCAGCAUUUAAUGCACACUACCUGUGCUCAAGAAUGGUGGCUCAUGGAAGAUGAAUGUCCGUCCGGUUGUGGAUGUAGAUGUCCCGAAGUUUUUGAUGCUACUUAA